AAAGAAACGGCCCUGUCUCACUGUGUUCGGCACUGUGGUACAUCUGUGCAUAUGGACCUAAGCACAGCAUCACAGACCCUGAUUCGAAACCUACUCGACUUUCGCUUUUGGGUCCGUCGGUGUGCUGUAGGGUGGGCAGCAAAUCACAGUCAACAGCGAUUCCAAGUCAAGUUCGCGAUGUUAUCCCAGGAACAUUUCCUCUAGCGUUGAUGGGCAGCUUCGGACACUACCCUUGGCACAUCUCCCAUAGAUGGUAGCAAAUAGGCAGUGGAGAAACAAUCAGGUCCUAUGAGCCUGUCGUAUUCCUUUAGCCAUAAUCUUAGAAGCUGGUUCAUUUUGAGACGUCUAGCUGGGCGGUACUAAGAUCUAACAUCAGCGCAAACGACCAAAAAACCCCGCUAUCCUCCAGCCCACAGGCUGGGGGAGGAGACACAAGAACUCAAAAUGAUGGAUGAUCAACCACAGCAUGUGAGCAUGAAAGCCGUCAAGGAGUCACCAGCCGUGCACCCGGAGCGGUGCACACAAAAUCAGGAGCCAUACACCAGUGCGUAUCAACGUGACAAGCACAACUGGUCGGACCAAACAUAUGCGAAGCAAACCAAAUACGUCCUUAAUGACAGCCAUGCCGAUGAACUGCCUGGAGCAAUUGGAGAGCAGCACAAGAAGCAUUGGUUCCGUGGUGAGCAAAGAAUUCCCAACUGGCUGUUUGCUCUUGUCAUAUGCCUUGGGCUGGCUCUUGUGUCCUCUGUCUCAUUGCUGUCUUAUAAGGUGGUGUGGCCGUCGAAUGAGAACCAGCAAUGCCUCUGCACCGACCAGCAUUCAGGUGAGCAUACACACGCCAAAAGCAAGAUCGAUGAUGCGCAGCAAGCGCCCAUGAGUAACGUCACGGGUGCGAAAUCCUGGGAGCAGCGAGAGGCGGACUGCCAGCACGAGAGGAAAACGCUCGUGGAACUCCUAAAGCAAUACAAUACACAGAGAUGGCAUGAAAUGCAGCAGCCCGCCAUAUCCAGUCAGACCUGUCUUGUUUGUGAGCUCAGAUCACAAGUUUCUACUAUCAACGCAUCUUUCUCGGAAUGCAAUGUGCAGAGGAACGAACUAACUACCAACGUCACAAGCUGCAUACGUAACCUGCAACUUGCGACGGUUGAUGUUCAAAAGCAACGUGGAUGGCUGGAAAGGUGCCUGCGUUCGCAUACUCUUGCUCGGAAGAAGUUAGCUGCAGCAACGGUUUUGAUCAAGAAGAAGGACUCUACACCAAAAUCAUGUGCCAAAAGAAAGCGCAAACUGUCCAAAGAUAAGAAAGCGCAAGUUUCCACUCUCAACGCGUCAUUGUUGGAAUGUAAGGCGCAGAGGAAUGAAGUAGCUACCAACGUCAUAAGCUGCAGAGGUCAUCUGCACUUUGCAAGGGUGGAUGGUCAGCGGAAUCGUCGAAAGCUGCAAAGGUGCAUGCGUUCGCAUACUCUUGGUCAGAAAAAAUUAGCUGCAGCAAAGGUUUCGAUCAAGAAGAAGAACGCUAGUCAAAAGUCAUGUGCCAAAAGAAAGCGCAAGCUAUCCAAAGAUAAGAAAGCGCUCACCCAGAAGUUGGCAACAAAGGAGAACGAAAUCGCUCAACUGACCCACGAGAACAGCGUGCUCCAGCACAACAAUCGGGUGCUUUUCUCGCAACUAGAAACACGCCACACACGAGAGAGGAAGACGGGGUUAGAUGCAACCCAUGCUCAUGCUGUCAGUCUUGCAAACAUAGAAAAUUCUAUUUCUUACUGGGCCGACUUUCUUGCUGACAGCAACGUUCGGUCAAUGGUAGGCGAGGAGCUCAGUUUAAUCGGUGAGGCACGCAUCAAUAUUGUGCGUGAACUCAAAUAUGCGAAGUAUGAGUUUCCGCGUGAAACGAGAGCCUUAGUUAUGGCAGGGAAGACGCAUAUCGUGGAGCAACCCAGUAUUAUGUUUACCGAGAGUACUUGUCCAGAACAAAAGGUCUUCCAGUUCUCUUCAGAGCCGGUGGAGAAUCCCGAAAACUCAGUGAUCAUCACGAUUAUUGAAAAAUGUCUCUUCGAGUUCCGCCUUAUAAGUCAGUGGGUGACUAAUUACCUCGAACGAAUUCCUGAAGCGAAGUCUGAAGGAGUUCCAUCGGAGAACGUGGGAAUCAAUUCGAGCAAGCCACAUUGGGUUGGACUGGAAGUGCCCUCGGUGGAAACUUUGCCACGCAUCAUUCUACGGAACAUUGCAUUGAUGGGUCCCACCAUAUUGUUGCCGCUGAUAGUAUUCCUAUUCCGCGAGAUAACCACCGGUAAGCUUAGAGCUUCGGAUAUUCCAUCAGUGAUCUCGCAGACUCUGCUGUUCAAUUUGAUUUCCGAGAUUGCAACUGCAACCGCGGCCUUAACCUUCCUUCCAGUCAUCAUUUGGUACUUCAGUACACUUUUCCCCUUCAUUUUGAGGUGGCUAGUAUCAAUGGCUUUCACCACUAUUUCGUCCAUAUAUGACGUUGUCAAUGGCAACGGCUACGCAUGGGUUACGUCAGAAGCACCUGUGAGACCUGCACAGUCAAGAGCCACCCGCUCCCGAGCACAGACGUUGCGCCGCAACCGAAGUCGUUCGGCGCAUUGAGUUGAUUCUAAAAUGGACCAGUUACCUACGGCAAGAGAUAGUGGUCACGCUGAUGGACACUAUGCUGGCGUCAAACGCUCUACUCUUGAGCAACCACGCAGCAUGUGAUUUUCCCGGCGGGCCAGGCAACAAGGUAAAUUGGUUUGUUUCAAACCCCUUGUAUAUAAUAAUGGAUUAGUAUUUGGGCUUUUGGUUUGAUAGAAGCUGAAGCGUUUGGAAUAUAGAGUACGCGAUAUAUAAGAACAUAACCGAAUUGUACCUGUAUAAUAUAUAUCCAGUAAUUGUCGCAUCGGCGUUAUAUUUUCCUCUUGAUGGAACUAGGGAAUUAUUAGUCUAAUAAUAGAGUAGGAUUGGUUUCGAGCGUAUCAGUGCUGAUGCUGCUAAGAUUGCCUUCCGGGAUAUCUUGCCCUCCCAUUGUCAACACACACAUAACGCUACUAUGGAGUUCACACCAUCAUAACCAGCUACUAGAGGUUUGUUGGAGAGCCAUAGAGCGCAGGAUGUGCCCAUGGUCUUAUUUUCCACAAACGUAGCUAGUGUGGCGUUGCGCUGGAAUAGGACUCAGAGACUUACCUUCAAUCUUGCCAGCAGCUCACAGCCAGAGUAUAUAUGAUUCAUUUGCUCUAUAAUAUUUUAGCAUUGCCUACAUGUAGGUGGUUUCAUGUGCUGUUGUCAUGACUACCAUUAGGAUUACGUCUAGAGUCUACAGACAUGCGGCUCGAUGGAAGUACUGCCAGCACACAUUCCUGACUCAAAUUGCUGUCCGUAUGUUUCCAUGCGUAGUGACUUUAGUCAUUGCGUUAACACAAUAUUGUGUAGUGCCAUGUGAAGCGCAGCACAGGGACUCAAACAUCUAUAGCUUCGUCAGCAGGCAUUUCAGAAAGGUUUCGCAGGUUUUGAGUUUCUCUUAUCUUAUAGUAAAUUUGGGCUACUGGGUCUUAAACCCAAGGUGUGCACAGAUAGUUACGGUUUACAUAAACCCGGUACGUGCAUUGCAAGUUUAGCUGAUUCGCUGAAGUGAAGCCUAUUCUUUGCUAACCCUCCGGUGGUAGCCCAUAAUGUUUUUAAAUUUUGCAUUUCCCAUUCAAUGUAUAUGCACUUUCAUACAAUAACACAAGAAUUUGAUUUUUUUGAUUCUGUCAAGAAAUUCUUUUCUCGCA